AUGGCAGAACUAUUCCUUGCCAUUGUGGCAUGCACGACAGAGAGCAACUGCUGCGAACAGAGGCUCAGCUGCGCCGUCGCUUUGGGGAGCAGCUACCGCCGCAGCAAAGUGCCGACCUCUCUUAAGGAAAGUUCUCAGGCUUGGCAGGUGCCACAUGCCUUCUCUGCGGAAGCGAAGGAAGGCGUCAGCGACAGCCAGGAAGACGAUGAAUUUGAUGAUCGCAUCCCAUGCAAUUGGCGAUACAUUGCCAACUGUUUUCUCCUUCCACUGACAAACGGGGGCGUGAAUGGCUUCCCGUGGUCCGGCGUCGCCCUAUUCUUUCAAUUGAACGGCUGGCCUUUGUGGAAGCUUGGGGUCUGUAGUUUUGCAGGAUUUGGCCUGCGAGUGGUCAUGGCCAUCAUGUACCUCAAAUUUGGCACUUGGCUUUCGCUCCUUUCCACGAGCGUUCAUCUUGCCUUUUGCGUGCCAGCCCUGAUCAACCCUUUUGCCGAAUGGGCAGUGAUCAUGGAAAUGAUUGCUCUGCUCGGUUUAGAUAGUAUGCUGCCCAAUGAUGCGAUAGUCUUUUUCAACUACUGCGUGCUGCAGAGCCUUGUGGCAUGUUACGCGAUUGCCUCCACAGUGGGUGGCCUGGUCUACGACUUGGGCGGUUGGCGAGGCUGCGCUGCUUACCACUUGAGCUUGCAGGUGCUACAAGCAUUUCUCAUUUUCACGGAGCCAGCAGUAUGGGCUUCUUGGUCAGAGUGGCGGCACGGGAGCUCUGUCUCGGAUUCAAAUCCACUGCCUGACCCUCGAAAAAACAGCGUACUUCCAGUCACAGAGGAAAGCCUGCCCAAGGCUGAGGAGCCUUGCGGAAAUCCUCCGUCGCUUCUCGCGUGUGACGAGCUGCUACCAAGUCCAGCGGCAGAGAAAGCUGUCGCAGAGGGUGUGGAAAUACACGGUGCUCCGGACGUGAAUGAAGGCAGUGGCGCCCCGCGCGCAUCGCGCAGGUCGAAGAAAUGCUCUAGGCCUAAACCAAGUGGGAACUCAAACGCGCGUGUGUCCUUUGCUGGAGAUAUGGCCGCUAGAGGUUCAGUGUUUGCGAGCCGAGGCAGCUUUUGGGGUUUUGGCCGAGCAAGCCGAGGCAGCCGCGGCAGUGCGGCGAGUCUCAGUGCUCGACGCUCGCUCAUGUCCCGAUUUCCAGACAUGCCGAGAAGUUCAGUUGCCGUAAAGAUGUCAAGGCGGUCUAUGGCAUGUACGAACAUGAUUCCGAUGACUAUGCCACGUGAAGCUUCCCAGCUCAUGUUUAUUGAGGAGGAAGAUGAUCAAGUACCAGGAGUCAAUGCAGGUGCAGGUGGCGCCGCCAAGAAGACGAUCCCUCACGACAUUAUGGCCCCAGCAAUUUUGAUUUGUCUGAUAGGUUUCAACCACAAUUUAUCCUACCAGUCCGAGUGGACUCUGUAUGCAGUCUUCUUUGCCGAGCAGCAUGGGUGGACAUCCGCCACAUGGGCAGGCCUAGCACAGACUUCUGGGGAUGUGUUGGGCACGCUCAUCAUGCAGCUCCAAUCUCGCUGCGCGGCUGCCACAGAGGAGGACGGCUUCGAUGGUCACAGGUGCCAGCGCCUUUGGUAUUCACUAACUGCCAAGCCAUACACAGCAUCCUGGAUUCUGUUGUUCUGGGCAAUCUUGAACUUUGCCCUGACAGCUCCAUCUCUCCCGAUUGCCGUGGCUGCACAAGUGGUCAUGGGCACGGUCUUUGUGCUAUCAAUGCAGACGGCUACGAAGAUGAAUCUUUUCUUUUCAUUGGGCGAUGGGGAUGUUUUUUUGGCCUUACAGGUGAUGCGCCAAAACUUCGAGUCAUUUGGCAGUGCGCUUGCUGCUUUAGUCUCUCUGUUGCUGUAUGAGCGCGUCCACCCCCUGUCUCCAUUCUGGCUUACCGCUGCUGUCUCACUCCUGGUUCUGCUUGUUUACACCCUUGCUUUCUGCAAGCGCGUCGGCUUUGGCAAGAGCCUGGACCGAGCUGAAGAGGAGAGAAGCCAGAGAAAAGGAUUAACUCGCGAAAAAACCUGGCAAAAGAGCACCGCAACAAUGGCGGCUACUAAGCAGCUGAGCAUGACAGAGGAUGAAUAA